ACCAGAGGUACAUCAUGGAACUACAUAUCUCCGUUUGGAAGGAAACGAGUGCCUGAAUACACCUAUUCCGGCAGCGACAACUCUUUGAUGUACAUUUAUUUUUGCUCACCGUUGGCCGAGCUGUUGGUCAAAUUCAUACCGGGGUGGCUAGCUCCAAACGUGAUAACUCUUCUUGGCCUCGCGUUGUCGCUAGCUGGGUAUUUUUUGGUUCACUUUCAUACUCCAAAGUUCAAUGAACCUUGUUCAUCAUGGGUGUGGUUUGUCUUGGCCUUUUGCACCUUUGCUUAUCAAACACUGGACAAUAUUGACGGCAAACAGGCCCGAAGGACCAAUACUUCCUCUGCUUUGGGUCUGUUCGUGGACCAUGGGGUGGAUGCUUUAAACAUUGUGUUGUCCUCUCAAAAUGUUAUGGCACUGCUACAACUUGGCAGUCGUGAAACCGCAUGGGCAUGUUUAGCGGUUUGGAGUGCCACUUCCACGCCUUUCUUCUUCGCAACGUGGGAAGAACAUUUCACGGGUUCGCUUUACCUUGGUCCAUUCAAUGGCCCAACGGAUGGGGUUUUGAUUGUUUGCAUCAGUUACGUGAUCACCGGCCUGGCCGAUGACCCCACGCACCUUUGGAAUGCAGGUUUCGGCUUGGGCAUGUCCCGUGCAGAAGCGAUGAUCAGUUUUUAUGGUAUGUGCGUGCUGUUUACAGUCUUUGGCAACAUCUAUUCAGUUCACAAAGAACUUCGGCUCAGGAACUCUCAGCGUUUUCGUCAACCUUGGAACUCAAUAUUGGCUACUUGCCAUGCAAUGUCUUUGGUGGUACCAUUUUGUCUCCAUCUUUCAAUUGGAUAUUGUAUCAUCGGCCCACACUCAACGGAUCUGAGAACAUCCUUUUGGUUUCUGGGUUUCUCUUUCUUGAUGCUCGUGUCGCAUCUACAGCUUUCAAAUGUGUGCGCAGAAAUUUACAAACCGUGGCGCUGGAUUUUAUUUGUCGUGGUCUGUUUGCUCAUUGAUAGUUUCUGCCAAUUCAAGCCAAAGUUGCUGAUUGGAACAUGUUUGUUGGGCUUCACUUGGCUUCAUUUUGUGAUAGGUGUUGCAAAUGAAAUGGCUGACAUUCUUCAAAUACCAAUUUUUAAAGUGCCGCAAAGCAAGGAAAAAGAUCAUGCAUCAAUCAAUGAGUUGAAUUGAAUCCGAGCUCUGAGCAAGUGUUCCCUUCAAGAGAACAUCAGAGAGCUUUGGGGAUGUACACGACACAUCAAAGACGUACAUUCCACGAGCGCAAGAAUGGAAACAGAUUGGAUGUGGA